CGUCGCCGCCUUCCUCAACCGCGAGGCCCUGGACCGCGCCGGCGCCGUCUCGCCAUCCUUCUUCGAGACGCGCACCUGCAUGGGCGAGCACAGGCUGUCCCUGCACGGCUCGUCCACUUUGAAUAUGGGAGCUGCUCUCUAUUACUACGUGCCCAUGGGUAUCCUGAUGAUUGUGAACGUUGCCUGCAUGUGGUGCAAGACAAGCCGGGAGGCGGCCCGGCAGAAAGACUCUCUGCUACUUGAGGGGAAAGCCACCUCUGACAUCUCAGUCAGUGAAAUGCGAAGGGCGCAGCUGCUGGUGCUGUCGCAGUUGGCGGCGCUGGCGGCGGAGGCGGUGGCGUGGGCGUUGCGGCCGCAGCAGCCGCAGGAUGGCUCGUUCGUGGCCACGUGGGAGGGCUCGCUGCAGAGCGCGUUCGCCUUCAGCCUGGCCGCCACCGCGCUCGACGUGGCGCGCGCCGCCGCCCUCCUGACGCUCAGCGUGGACGCCGGCACGUGGGAGCGCGCA